GCUGCUUUUUUCUUCGCCCUCCUUUUGUCUAUCUUGGUGUAGAGACCUCAAUUCUUCCCGGCAUAUUUCGCUGUCAGCAGAUCGCCGUCGACGCCGCCCCAAAAUUCCGAGACUGGCAUCUCCCUCGAAGCCCCGACGAGACCACGCCUGCCCUCGAUGUUCCAGCACACAGCUGUUUGCUGCAUCUGACAAGCCGCGGGGCCCUUUGGCGACCAUUUCCCUGCGUAUCCGCCUCGCAGCGGUCACCCGCCCGGCGCCUUUGACCGCCCGUCCCUCCUCCCGCCCGGCCCCUGGGUCGCCCACCGCCCCCAUGCCAAACACCAUGUCGGCCGAAACAUCCCCCCGCGCCGUGCGCUUUUCCCAGGGCGAGGACGAGCGGCCCCUCAGGCCAGUGCCCAUCCCGAGCGACUCGGACAACUCGAACUCGUCAAACGAACUAGCCAUCGAGCCGAUGCAUGCAUCCGAGACUCCAGACGAGUUGGGUUCGCUGGGCAUAUAUGCCGAGGCCGCCAGUCACUCGGGCUCCAUGGCCUCUCUAGGCAUCAAUGGUUCCAGUGGCAGUCGACAACACGGUUCUAAUGGUGACGCCGCCGCCGCGGUGGUUGCAGGAGUGGCAACACCCGCAACAGGCACCGCAUACUCCAAUGGCUCAGCCACCCCGAGACCACCACAAAGGCCGACCGGACCGGCCAGGACACCCUCAAAUACUUACCAGCCCGCGCGCAAACCAACACAGCAGACCCCGUCCUACAUACACACGUCUACAUCUGAUCUGCGUUCCGCCUCCAAGCAUCGUGGCGCAUACGGUCAGCAGGAGAAGGAGUAUGUGCGGCGGCUGCGCGCGCAGGACUAUAGCGGGGGCAAUGCCGACUAUUUCGUCCCUUACUCGGGAUUUCCCGUCGGUGGCACUGAUGGGUACCCAGACUCAGACUCUGAGGGGGAGACACCGUCGUCUGAGGUGCCCUUUGACGAUACGUACGAUCAGAACGUCAUUAUUUUCGACGGAACCGACGAUACGCAACCUACAGAGGAAGAUCUACGCAAGCCGACAAAUCGUGAGCGGCUCGAGUGGCACGGCAUGCUCGAGGCUGUCCUGACAGGCGACGUGGUGCGCCAGGAGAAGAAACGGCUCAUCGGAGCUACAGGCCAGGAACUGGGCAAGUCGGCGCGCGGAGCUGAGCUUUGGAUGGGCAUACGCGCGCGUGUGUGCGGGCGCCACCUGACGGUGCAGCGGCGCAUGGUGGAAGAUGCGCGCGGCACGCUAGACCGGCUGAUCGACGAAGUUAUCGACUUCCAAAUCGCGGGCGAGAGCGAGGCCGGCAAGUCGACGGUGCAGCAGGUUCUCGACGUGAUGCGCAAGAUCGAGCGCAUCGAGAGCCACUACCCCUCGCGCUCGGCGCUGCUGGCCGCUCACAAGUCGGCCAACACGGUUCUCUUCCAGGAGGCGUGCGACGCGGUCGUGGCGUGGCACAACGUCAGCCAGCUCAUCCAAACGGAGCUCACAGUGCUCAAGCAGUGGGUAGGCAACGACGAGCUCGACUUCUCGCGUACGAGGGAUAAGUCACCAAGCACCCUGCAUGGCGGGCUCGCCGACGACUCGUCCUUUAUGGACCGGCUGAUGAAAGAGGAGGGACUCCGGUCGCUGCACGACCAUGUCGAAGAGGACGGCAAGAGUAAGCGGCGUGGUAUGCUUGUAGGCAUAAUGACGACUAUCGAGAAGGCACGCGAGACAUUGCUGUUCAACCACGAGGUUUUUAAGAAGCGCCAUCUUCCGCUUGACCUGGAUGAGCUACUCACACUCAUCAGCUUCCCAUCGCGCCUGAUCGAGGAGAUCAUCAAGGUGCGGCUAGCCUACACAAAACGCAUGAAGGAGUCGGCGCAGCAGAGCCCUAUGAUGCAAGACCAGAUGAUCUCGCAGUUCCGCAUCCUGCUCAAGCUGGCGAUCCGCACCAAGCACGAAUCGACCGCCGUGUCGCAGCCGCAGCCCGGCUGGGAGCUGCCGCCGUGCAUCGACGAGACGUUCGACCAGGUCGUGCUCGAUGCGCUCAGGUAUUACUUCAAAAUGCUCAACUGGAAGCUGGGCGGCAACAAGAACACCUUCAAGGAGGCCGAGCUGCUGUUCCAGGAGUGGGACUUUGCCAACGAUAUCGCCCGGCAGCUGUACCGCGGCGACAUCGAGGUGGCUGAGCAGUUCAGCUCCCUGACCUUCAAGACACUUAAUAGGCUGAGCAUCACAUUCGAGAAGGAGCUGCAACGCAAGCCCAAGGAGUCCGUCCCCGACAUGAGCAAGCGCUACAAGCAAGUUCUCGAGUCGGUGCGAGUGCGUCAGCGCAUGUUGCAGCGCUUCUCGCGAAUGCUCAACGAUAACUAUGAGAAUGCAUCCGACUUCAGCAUCUCGUUCCGGCCCGACAAGAUGCAGGAGUUCUUUGCGCGCCUGCAAGAGACGGGCCACUUCCAGGUCUACACGGGCAGCCUAGAGCACGAGGGCCUGCUUGUCAUCGCGUCGCCCUCCCUGGCGGACCGUGAGGGAGAGAUACAGUCGCUAAUUGCCACCACAGCCUACGAGCAGCUGGUCGACGACCCGACAAACCCCUACAUUCUCGUCAUGCGGCCCGAGGGCGACCCUGCCUGGUGGGGGCCCAAGAUUCAGCUAUCUGUGCGUGAGGAGCCCGUCGAGCUUAAGACUGGCCACUUGCGCCUCAUCGCUGGCGGCUCGCAGAUUCGCCUAGUUAACGCCAAGCGCACUUUCCUCGACAUCCUCGACAUGCACUUGGAUCUACUCAUUGAGCAGCGGUCCAACCUUCCAAAGGUUAACGCUCGGUUGAUGGAGAUUCGCAAGGUGCAGCACAAGCUGAGCAACACAUUCAUGGACAGCGUGGAGAUCAUCCGCCAAAACACAAAAGGGCUUGACUAUCAGGAGCUGAUCCAGACGUGUUUUGUUUUCGCCACCGAGUUCGGCCAGCGCUCGCUACUAUAUCUCGACAGCAAUCGCCGCCAGAUGAACAAUCUCAAACUUGCCAAACUGGCAUUGGACUGGGUCAGCUUCAUCUGCGAAGACUGUCAGUCGUCGGACCGCAAAGCCUUUCGCUGGGCCGUGCUGGCCCUUGAGUUUGCCAUGGUCAUGACGCGUGGUCGCCACAUCCUGGAGCUGUGCGAGGCCGAGUACGACCGGCUGCGAUGCAACGUGGGCGGUUGCAUGCGGCUGCUGAUAUCCCACUUCGACAUCAUGGGCGCCCGGUCAACGGUGGCGGCGCAGGCCGAGAAGCUGCGGCUUGAGGCCAUGGUCGGCCAGAUGCGGCGGCUGGAUCACAACACGCUCGACGACGAUGAGGCGUCACGCUUCGUGACAACCCACCGUCUGCACGCCCUUGAUGCUAUCGACGAGGGCCGAAAGGAGAUUGCCCUCGAGCGAUCGGCGCUGGGUCGUGUGCUCGAGGCGUCCAACGAGGUGGACCGGUCGCUGGCCCUGUUGUCGUCCACGGCGACCAACUUCACGAUGCGCUGGCAGCAAGGCCAUUUCGUGGGCGGCGGCACCUUUGGAAACGUCUAUGCCGCCAUGAACCUGGAUACGGGCCAUCUCAUGGCAGUCAAGGAGAUCCGGCUGCAGGACCCGAAGCUGAUCCCGACCAUCGCGACCCAGAUCAAGGACGAGAUGCGGGUGCUCGAGUCGGUCGACCAUCCCAACGUGGUCUCGUACUACGGUAUCGAGGUGCACCGCGACCGCGUCUACAUCUUCAUGGAGUUCUGCUCGGGCGGCUCGCUGGCCAACCUGCUAGAGCACGGACGCAUCGAAGACGAGCAGGUCAUCAUGGUGUACGCGCUGCAGCUGCUUGAGGGCUUAGCCUACCUGCACGAGAUUAAGGUUGCGCACCGCGACAUAAAGCCCGAAAACAUCCUGCUAGACCACAACGGCAUCAUCAAGUAUGUCGACUUCGGCGCCGCCAAGGUGAUUGCGCGUCAGGGCCGCACUCUGGCCGGCCAGGAUCUGGCCGCCUCCAAGCCCAACAAGUCCAUGACGGGCACGCCCAUGUACAUGUCGCCCGAGGUGAUCAAGGGCGAGAACCUGGGCCACUUUGGCGCCAUCGACGUGUGGUCGCUCGGCUGCGUCAUCCUCGAGAUGGCCACGGGCCGCCGCCCCUGGGCCAACCUGGACAACGAGUGGGCUAUCAUGUACAACAUCGCCCAGGGCAACCCGCCCCAGCUGCCGACCCCGGACCAGCUCAGCCCCCAGGGUAUCGACUUCCUCAAGCGCUGCUUCGUCCGCGACUCUAAGAAACGCGCCACCGCGCUUGACCUGCUGCACCACGACUGGAUCAUGACCAUCCGCAACCGCGUCGUCGAGCCGCCCACCCCGAGCGACGGUAGCUCGUCCUCGGCUCAGAACACGCCGAACCCGACCUCGACAUCAAGUCGUGGUAGCAUGAUGGGCGAUGGCAGCUUCUACUAGAGGGCUUCACGUAAUCGACGCGUGGGGGUUUUUUUUUGCGGGUCUUUUACAACUCUACUUUGACCGGUUUUCGCCGUUUGCUUUUACUUGAUACCUCCUGGCACUACUGCGUGUUACAUUCAUCUGCCCCCUUCCACGCCGACUCUACCUGCUCCUAUACCCCCUUGCAUGGUAGCUCCGCCUACCGCUACUGCUCUGUCUACAGCCUUCUCCCAGUUUUGUUUCUCUCACCCCUAACCGCUAGAUGUGCCCUCCCUGCUGUCUAUCAUGUCUCUCUGUUCGGCCAGAAUCCUCAUGAAGAGAUGUAACACGGGAGGGUGUUGAGACGCUCCUUGUAGUAAGUGCACACGCAUACCCAUGUCAUAAAAGAAAGAAAACGAGAUCGCAUGGGCAUCGAGUUAGGGGCUUCGAAGGCUUGGGCUUUUUUUCGGUUCCACUUUGUAUGUUCUGCCCUUGGGAGGUUCUUAUAUUCCCAGCCUUGGCCCCUUGCUUCACCUAUAUUCCCCGCCCACGCCGUGGCUGCUUCCUCGCAGGUGAGGUAGUCUCGGUCAUUUGUAUCUGUGCCCCUCCAUCUCCACUUUCUCCCUCCUCUUCUUUUCCUCGACGCCCCCUUUUCCUCCCCCUUUUCUUUUUCCUUACGAAUAUCACGACGGUUCUUGGGGCUUCCACCAAUGCAUGGCUACUCUCUAUCUUACUUUACCAGGUACUUUAAUCUUUGAACCCUGCCCCGAGGCAUUAGGAGCGGCGUUUCUCACUGCCGAGGUGUGCAUUCCUCAUGGGAGGAUGGACGGAGGAGAGAGGGCGGGCGACAUGGCCGAUUCUAUUGUUUCAUGCAUCUCAAUACAUAGCACAUCUCGAUGCAAAAACUGCUUGAUCCCUCCACCUGGUCUCCUCAUGCUCUUUUUCUUAUCCUGGGGUAUUAUUCGCGCCGAGCCACUAGCAAAAUCGCACAAAAUGCC